AGAAGUCCAGUGGAAUGGUCGUCAGGUUGUUUUAGUAGAUAAUUGAGAGUGAGAGAAAAGAUUUUCUUUCAAUUUGAACUUCAAGUAAAAUAACUUCUUUAUUCUUUACGGAACUUAAGCAAUUGGAAUAUUCACAAGAGAAGGUAGAGACUAACUUCUACUACAAACAUAACAUAAUUUGGACUUGUUCAGACGGGACGUUAAUAGGCGAAAAUAGGGAAGAAGAAUGAAGAUUCUCCAUCCAUAUUUAAAAUAAUAUGCCUCCUUCAAAAUUAACUUUUCAAGUGGCACACGCGUCCGGACAGGACGAAAACUUCAGAGUCACCGAAUUGAAUGAUCACAGGCCUACAACUCAAGGAUGGUUAUCUUCCAGGUUUUGUUUAUAUCCCCAAGACAUCGUUAUUCAACUAGAGCAAAAGAGUCGCCUUCGAAAAGUGCAAAUAUUAUCUCAUCAACAUAUGAUAGCUUCCAAAAUUGAAAUCUACGUUGGAGACGUUCCAGAUGGAUUAUCUAACAACCUACAACAUGCCAGAUAUACCAGAUUAGGUUAUGUAACACUUUCGGACAACGAGAAAACCAAUUAUAAGGCUAGAGAAUUGAAAUCUGUUCAUGUCGAUGCAACCGGUGUGUUUGUUAAGUUUGUUAUUCACAAGAAUUAUAUUAACAAAUUCAAUCUAUACAAUCAGGUUGGUUUGAUAGCGUUAAACAUCAUUGGAAGUAAAAUCGAUGACCCAUUGGAGCCGAAUUUCAACGAUCCAAGAGCAUCUGUAGAUCCUGCCGCCGCUGGUGUAUAUAACAGACCAGAUUAUAUAUCUCCAUUGGAAGAUUUGGCUUUCGAUAUGUAUCAAGAUCCCGAAAUAGCACAGAUAAUAAGAAAAUUAGAAGUGAAAAAACAAGCUGCUGUACUUAACGAAAGAUACGAACCGGCGAAUAAGUUAAAGAAUGUGAUAGCGGAAUUGCAGAAAGUUGGGGAAAAGUUAGGAAAAUAUCAAGUUGAGAAAAGGGCAGCUGUUGAAUGCGAAGAUUAUGAAAAAGCAGCUCAAAAGAAAGCACAAAUGGACGAGUAUAGAAAUAAUAUUUACGGAGAGUUACAGCUCCAUCAAUUAUUAAGAAUUGAUGAUGAACCAAUAAGAGAUAUCUCUUCUGCUGAGCCUCCCCCUCCUGCUCCUCCACCUCGUUUGGCUGAAUUACCAAACUCUCCUGCACCUCCUCAAUUACCACCGGACACCGCCAAAUCACCUCUACCAGGUUUAACACCUUAUGACGAUAGACCGCUUCCCGCCAUUGCUAAGGCUCAACAACAAGAGGAAACACCUCGAGAGGAUGAGGCCUUGGAUGCACCGUUAAGUAAUGAAGUGGAACCUUUGUCUGAAAAAGACGCUAGAGAAGCUUCAUUAGCUAUUGACGUUUUUGGAGAGACACUCGUUGCUAAAUGUUACUCUAAAAACUUUAGCCUUAGAGAGUCGGCAAUAGAGGAAAUAAUCCGUGAACUCUCUUCUCCUUCAGAUGCUCGAAAUUCGAUGAGAGCUGCUGUUCUUUUGAGUAAAAAACUCCUUCGAGAAACCGUUUAUAGUGUUUACAAGGCUGCAAUUGAAUUGUGCAGAGCUAUAUUCACAACUUUAUCUGACAAAGUUGGAGUAAAAUCAGAAACUCAGUAUGCGGCCGAUAGACUUAUACCAAUUAUCCUUCUAAGAACUGGAGAAUCUUCUCAGAGACUGAGAGAUAUGUCUAAAAUGUUUACUUUGGAAAGUGCUCGACUGCCGAAUAUACAACCUUUAAACGUCGUUCCAAAUGAAUGCCUAAAACCGCUUAAAACUGGAGUAGCCACUAGGUUGGCUUUGUCGCGUACCGAAAUUGUCGAUAGUUUAGUGGAUGAUCUAGGAGUUCCAUCAUCAGGUAUGGAUUUAGGUUCAGUGAUGGGAUUUGAAAAUUCGGCAUUACAACAUACGGCUGGAAAUGUAAGAUUGCAAGCUGAAAAGACGAUUGUUAAAUUAUAUGAAAAUCAUAAAGAAGCUGUAAGGACUUACCUUCCACCUGAUGAUGACAAGACGAGAAGGAAUGUAUUAUAUAGGCAGCUCUUUGAAACUUUUGAUAAAAUAGAAGGUAAACCAUCAAAAGCUGAGCUAAAGAAAUUGGAAGCAGAUAAGAAAAGAGCUAAAAAGGAAGAAGUAGCUGCCUUACAGAAACAAUUAGAUGAAAUUAAGGAAUUAAAUGCAGCUCAGGAAUCCGCUUUAAGGCAACCUCAACCUAAGAAACACGUAGCCGGAAAAGAGAAUAAGAAGUCCGAUGAUAAAGAGGAGAAAGAAAAGGAAAAUGAUAAGGCUUGUAUCUUUUGUGGGGAAAUGGACGAGGACUUCAUAGAUGAUGCUAAAAUGAAUGUUCACUAUUGGAAGAGUUGUCCAAUGCUAAAGAGGUGCUCGUUUUGUAAGCAAGUUGUAGAGAUUUCCUCGUUCAAUGAUCACUUAAUAAACGAAUGCGGAGAAGGUAAAAAAGUAACAGCCAAAUGUCCUAGAUGUGGAGAGAGUAUUAAUAAAGAAGAACUAGAGGGACAUCUGGCCGCUAAAGCAUGUCUUCAAGCAAAAGAUGGCGAAGAAGUUUGUCCCCUUUGUCAUCAGAUUGUUGUCGGAGGGGAAAACGGAUGGAAGAGUCAUUUAAUGGGUGAAAAUGGUUGCAAAAAUAAUGCUCGAAGACUUCAGCAAGGUAAAGAGUCGCAAAGUCGACCUAAUAAAAAGAGAACUCCCAGAAGAUAG